UCGGGGAGUCGCGAGAGAUCCCAGCGCGCAGAACUUGGGGAGCCGCCGCCGCCGCGAUUCGCCGCUACCACCGUCAGCUUCCGCCGCCGCAAGAUCGGCCCCUACCCCAGCCUCCGCUGCAGCCCUGCGUCCACCACGGGCCGCGGCCACCGGCAGCCUGGGGGCCCACCAACCCUCCCCCGCAGUGUGCCCUGCGCCCCGCAUGUGACCCGGCCAAGCCCCGGCGAGUGUGCCCUCAGUAGCUUCGGCCCCGGGCUGCGCCCACCGCCCAACAUCAGCUCUCCAGCUCGCUCGUCCGGGAUGGCAGCAGCCAAGGCCGAGAUGCAGUUGAUGUCCCCGCUGCAGAUCUCGGACCCGUUCGGCUCCUUCCCUCACUCACCCACCAUGGACAACUACCCCAAACUGGAGGAGAUGAUGCUGCUGAGCAACGGGGCUCCCCAGUUCCUCGGUGCUGCCGGAGCCCCAGAGGGCAGCGGCGGCAACAGCAGCAGCAGCAGCAACAGCAGCGGGGGCGGUGGUGGGGGCGGCAGCAGCAGCAGCGGCAGCAGCAGCGCCUUCAGUGCUCAGGGGGAGCCGGGAGAACCACCGUACGAGCACCUGACCACAGAGUCUUUUUCCGACAUCGCUCUGAAUAAUGAGAAGGCCAUGGUGGAGACGAGUUAUCCCAGCCAAACUACUCGGCUGCCUCCCAUCACCUACACCGGCCGCUUCUCCCUGGAGCCUGCACCCAACAGCGGCAACACUUUGUGGCCUGAACCUCUUUUCAGCCUGGUCAGUGGCCUCGUGAGCAUGACCAAUCCUCCAGCCUCUUCGUCCUCGGCACCUUCUCCAGCGGCUUCCACGUCUUCCUCUGCCUCCCAGAGCCCACCCCUGAGCUGUGCUGUGCCGUCCAACGACAGCAGCCCCAUUUACUCAGCUGCACCCACCUUUCCCACUCCCAACACUGACAUUUUUCCUGAGCCCCAAAGCCAGGCCUUCCCAGGCUCGGCAGGCACAGCCCUGCAGUACCCACCUCCUGCCUACCCUGCCACCAAGGGUGGCUUCCAGGUUCCCAUGAUCCCUGAUUAUCUGUUUUCACAGCAACAGGGAGACCUGGGCCUGGGCACCCCAGACCAGAAACCCUUCCAGGGUCUGGAGAACCGUACCCAGCAGCCUUCACUUACUCCACUGUCCACUAUUAAAGCCUUCGCCACUCAAUCGGGCUCCCAGGACUUAAAGGCUCUUAAUACCACCUACCAGUCCCAGCUUAUCAAACCCAGCCGCAUGCGCAAGUACCCUAACCGGCCCAGCAAGACACCCCCCCACGAACGUCCAUACGCCUGCCCAGUCGAGUCCUGCGAUCGGCGCUUCUCUCGCUCGGACGAGCUCACCCGCCACAUCCGCAUCCACACGGGCCAGAAGCCCUUCCAGUGCCGAAUCUGCAUGCGCAACUUCAGUCGCAGUGACCACCUUACCACCCACAUCCGCACCCACACAGGCGAGAAGCCUUUUGCCUGUGACAUUUGCGGGAGAAAGUUUGCCAGGAGCGAUGAACGCAAAAGGCACACCAAAAUCCACUUACGACAGAAGGACAAGAAAGCAGACAAAACUGGGGUGGCCUCCUCGGCCACCUCUUCCCUCUCUUCCUACCCGUCCCCAGUGGCUACCUCUUACCCAUCCCCGGCCACCACGUCUUUCCCGUCCCCUGUACCCACCUCCUACUCCUCUCCUGGCUCCUCUACCUACCCAUCCCCGGCACACAGUGGCUUCCCCUCGCCCUCAGUGGCCACCACCUACGCCUCGGUCCCUCCUGCUUUCCCGGCGCAGGUCAGCAGCUUCCCUUCGGCCGCUGUGACCAACUCGUUCAGCACCUCAACUGGGCUUUCGGACAUGACAGCUACCUUUUCUCCUAGGACAAUUGAAAUUUGCUAAAGGGGGAGAAAAAGAAAGAAAGACCGAACGAAAAGGGAGGGGCAAAGCAACCAGGAAAGACAAUAAAGGACAGAGGGAGAUGGCCGUCAGAAGGGGCUCCUCUAGGUCAGAGCCAAGUCCUUCCUCUAGUGAAGAGGAGGUCCGUUGGCCAACCGCCCUUUCACAUACCGUCCCUGCUUCCCCGUUCCUAAUCCCCUUGACUUCAGCUGCCUGAAACAGCCAUGUCCAAGUUCUUCACCUCUAUCCAAAGAACUUGAUUUGCAUGGGUAUUGGAUAAACCAUUUCAGUAUCAUCUCCACCAUAUGCCUGACCCUUGCUCCCUUCAGUGCUACGACAUCAAGUUGGCAAAAUGGGUUGGGGCCCUCAGAACCCUGCCCUGUAUCUUUUUGUACAGUGUCUGUGCCAUGGAUUUUGUUUUCCUUGAGGUAUUGACGUGAAGAUAAUUUGCAUACUCUAUUGUAUUAUUUGGAGUUCCGUCCUCACUUUGGGGGGGGAGGGGAGCAGAGCCAAGCAAACCAAUGGUGGUCCUCUAUUUUGUGAUGACGCUGCUGUGACAAUAUGUUUGGAGCAUCUCUUGAAGCAGCAGUCCUAGGUAUUAACCAGAGCAUGUGUCUGAGUGUUCCGUUAACCUUUUUGUAAAUACUGCUCGACUGUACUCUCACAUGUGGUAAAGUAUGGUUUGUCUGGGUUUUGUUUUGGUUUUUUUUUUUUUUUUUCCGGAAAAAAAAAAUUUGCCGGUCCCUUUGGUUUAAAAAGUUCCACGUCUUGGUGCCUUUUGUGUGACACGCCUUGCCGAUGGCUUGACAUGUGCAAUUGUGAAGGACAUGCUCGCCUCUAGCCUUAAGGGGGUAGGAGUGAUGUUUGGGAGGAGGCUUUGAGAGAAAAAUGAGGAAGAGGGCUGAGCUGAGCUCUGGUUCUCCAGAAUGUAAGAAGGAAAAAUUUAAAACAAAAUCUGAACUCUCAAAAGUCUAUUUUUUUAACUGAAAAUGUAAAUUUAUACAUCUAUUCAGGAGUUGGAAUGUUGUAGUUACCUACUGAGUAGGCGGCGAUUUUUGUAUGUUAUGAACAUGAAGUUCAUCAUUUUGUGGUUUUAUUUUACUUUGUACUUGUGUUUGCUUAAACAAAGUGACUUGUUUGGCUUAUAAACACAUUGAAUGCGCUUUAUUGCCUAUGGGAUAUGUGGUGUAUAUCCUUCAGAAAAAUUAAAAGGAAAAUAAAGAAGCUGUAACUGG